UGGGCUUUAGGUUUUCCAAAUGUGGGGAAAAGCAGCAUAAUCAAUAGUCUGAAAGAGGUACGCGCCUGCAACGUGGGACCAGAGAGAGGCCUAACAAAGUCCGUACAAGCAGUGCACAUUGACAAACGUAUCAAGAUGUUGGAUAGUCCCUGUAUCAUUGCAGCACCUUCAUGCUCUACUCUAACUCUAGCACUGAGAAGUAUCACAUGUGCUGAAAACCUACUUGAUUCCGUAGAUGCUGUUCUGAAGCACUGUAGGAAACAGCAGAUUAUGUUACACUAUAAUAUCCCAGACUACAGGAAUUCUCUGGAAUUUUUAACUUUGCUUGCUCAAAAGAGAGGAAUGUUGAAAAAAGGUGGUAUUCCCAAUACAGAAGGUGCGGCUAAAUUACUGCUCUGGGACUGGACAGGUGCCAAAGUUAGAUACUAUUCUCGACCUCCUGAACCAUGGGCUCUGUCUCCACAUCUUUACAGAGAAGGACCAGCAACAGUACAGGAGGGUUUUAAUCUUCAAGAACUGGAAGAAGACAACAAAAAUACUAUAAACGCAAACAAAUACCCUAACCAGGCAAGCACUAUUGUCUUCCAAUCUCCUGGCUUCACGGAUGGCAUCAUGGAAGAUAAUGAACAGCCAGAAGAAGCCCUGGAAUCAGAGAAUGCGGAAGAAAAUGAUGAAGAAUUAACUGAAGAAGAAAUUGAGGGUGAUGAAAGUGACCUUGAUGAUGUGGAAAAGGAAAGUGACAGAUUAAUGAGUAGUCAAACACCCUCUGAAGAAUUGAAAGCAAAGAAUACGAAUUUGGACAUGUUACCUACAGAUGAUAAACAACUCAAAACCAAUGACCUGGAUGAUGUCUAUGACUUCAGUACCGAUUACAUGUGAAGAAAAUAUUACAAAAUUUCAAGUAUUUUUCACAUUCUGGAAUGCAUUCCUAAUCUGCUUUUGCGGAUACUGAACACCAAACUCUUGUAAAUAUAUUAGAAAAAGCAGCUGAUAAUGAAAGAUACUUUCUGAUAUAGUAUAAAUUUUGUUCAGUAAAUGCUUUGAUCACAUGAACUUCAAGCAAAAGUAAAACCAGUGUUUUACAAACAACAAUUCAGACUGUAACCUGUAUAGGGUUUGUGUUGAAUUUAUGGAUAACAAAGAACUUUCUACUUUCCAAAGUGGAAAAAACUGACUGCAUUGCAGAAAAUCCUAUGGUGGAAUGAAAAUUAUUUUUCUUCUCCCUACAGUAGUAAACUUAGCACUAAGAUGAAAGUUGCAGCCUAUAAAGGGUAAAGGAACAGGUGAAGAUUGCUUCUUUCUUGAAUUAUGCAUUUUUUCAUAAUUCUGUAGCCAUGUUUCCAUCAUAUUAAGGCAUAAUUAUGUUUGUAUACAGGAAUACAUAAUGAAGGUUCCUGAGGAAACUAUGUGUAAUAAGUAAAUAUAACCAAAAAGUGUACAUAUAUCUGUGAUAUCUUCCUGCUCAAUAGGUAAGCAGUGCAGUCAUUUAGAAUAUGUCAGGAAAUCCAUUUUUUAAAAAAAUGAUAUAAUUGCAUAUAUUUAUCUAAUUUCUCUGCGUGUAUAUACAGAGGCAAGAAUUUAACUUGUAAUGCAGUACAGCCAAAACCCCUUCCCACUGUUUACUUCAAAUUGUUUGUUUUCAGACACAGUUUCAUGUCUCAGAUGAAUAUAAACAUAAUUUACACGGUCUACCUAAUUCCUGCUAAUUAGACAAAAGUGGGUUCUACCUUUUUUGAACAAGAAUCAUACUUAGCUAUUGGAUGGCCCAC